AAACUUUUCGCGCUUGCAGUCAACACUAUGGCUCUCAGCAGGAUGGUCGCGUCGCGCGCGUUGCUCAGAAACCCAAUCGUUGGACAGAGUAAAGUUCUAGCCGUCUUCGGUUGCCGUGGUCUUGGCGAGGGUAAAGGGUUUCAAGUGGAACAAGCUCGCAAAAUCAGUGCUAGUUCUAGGGCGGGGGAAAAGUUGGCCACCGCCAAAGCCGUCCAGAAGCAUGACUGGAAUCGAGCCGUUAGUGAAGCGGAACAGAUCGUUGGUUAUCCGACGUCGUUUUUGAACCUGCGAUUCCUUCUCAGCGAUGAAAUUGCAAAUGUGGCGCUGCACCUUCGAAAGCUGAUCGGAAGUAACCAUCCGUUGUUGAAAUCGGCAAAAUCACUGAUCUAUAAUGACAAGAGCCAGCAGGCGUGGGGAUUGAUAAUUCUGCUGAUAUCGAAAGCAGCUGGCCACACGGCUUCCGUGCCUGAAAUGGACCAUGAUCGAAGCGUCGGUGUUCUCCACUCGCAGCGCGCCUUAGCCGAGGUGACGGAGAUGAUUCGCAGCUCCCAGUUGAUUCACAAUGGCAUAAUCAAUUUGCAGUCGACGAACAAUGCCGGAAACGAUCUCAGUGGGGAUAGUGAUAUGAUUUUUGGGAAUAAGAUUGCCCUGUUGGGAGGGGAUUAUCUGCUUGCUCAAGCCAGUAAACAAAUCGCCACUUUGAGAAAUCAGGAUCUCAACAUGCUGAUGACAUCCGCCUAUCGAGACUUAGCGGAGUCUGCUUUUAUCGGGUGCAGUGACGAUCAAAACAGCCCAUUACCUUCAAAGCCGGAGAAUUCGUUUGGAACGUCUUCACACGAAUGUACGCUGGAAGAAUUGGAUUUCGGCGAUGAGCAGAACAACUUGGAGGCGAUGAAAAUUGACGGCGUAAUGGGACAUCCGGAAAAAGAAUGGUCCCUGAGGCAUGUGUUGGGAGGUGGGAGCCUUCUUGGAAAAAGUUGUCAUGGUGCACUGAUGCUGGCCGGACAUCCUGAUGAGCUACAGAAACAGGGUUACCUAUUCGGGAAACACAUGUCCCUCGCUUGGCAGGCUUCUAUCGAGCUGCAACCUUUUCUCCAGAAUGAGCUACCCUUCGGAACACAAUUCAGUUUAGUGUCCGCUCCGGUUCUGUUCCACCUGGAGUAUGAUCCCCAAGUUUACACCAUCAUCGAAAAGGGCCGUCACUCAGUCGAAGACGUCGACUACUCCGCCCUCCAUCGGGAGGUCGUCCGUGGACCAGGACUAACGAAGACGAUAAAGUUACAACAGAAGCACAGCUUGGCGGCCAUGCAGGUGUUAAGCCGAUUUCCGCCUACGGAUGCCCAAAUCGCACUCCAGAAUAUUAUUCUUGCGAUGCAGCAAUUGUAGUUUCACGUUUCCGUACCAAUUUGUAUUAUUUUGUAAAAUGCUAAUAAAUAUUGAUUUACGUAAGUCUGAAAAACAUUAA